AUGAAGCAUUUUGAACCUGCAGCUCCUGUAGAGGGUUGCAGCAGCAAACGCGUCCGUUGCAUCCAUUGCAGCUGGACCGGUGCAAAGAAUGUGUCGCAACAACUCCAUCACUUGGCGGUCGUUUGCCCAACCUUCCCUACAAUACCAGAAUAUCAAGACGAAUGGAGGAUACUGGUCCGAAAUUUGCCUUCUUCCCAGUUGAAGACCAAGAAGUCUAAACAAGCCCAUGCGCUCGCAUUACAAUCUUGUUUGCCAAGCUCCGUCCUUGAUGGGAGUUUGGACUCACAGGAAAUCAGAGGUGAUGAGCCACCAGGCAAGAGAGCAAAGCGGGGUGACAGUCAAUCAAGAGCGCAGAAUCCAAACCUGUCAAGAGCACUAGAGCACAUCAUGCAAGUAGCUGCUGAAGCCCAGGACGCGCAAUCUUCGUCGCCAAUGCUGAGACAGGCGAGAGUUGGGCGAGGCAGGCUUUCCGGGAUUAACAUCUGUAUGAAGGCCGUGAGAGAUGAAGAAGUGUCACAUGUGCUAAGACAAGUACUGAAGGAGAUUAAGAAAUUCUUGGAAACAGAAUCCCCUCGCAGGAACUUGGCGGACGUCCCUCAAACGAAGCUCAAGAUCCAAACUGAAACAAUUCAAGGAACAAGACCAGAUCCCUGUGGUCACAUGAUGUAA